CCUCAGCCGCGCUCCGGGAGCCCCGCAGCCGCGCCGCGCCGGCUAGAGCGCGGGGGGCUGGGGCGGGGUGGGGGGGGUGGGUGGGGGAGGGAGCGGGGAAGACGGAGCCCGGGGUGCAGGCGUCUGUGCCAGGAGGAGGAGGAGGAGGAGGAGAAGCCGCCCCGGCAGCGUUAGGCAGGAGGGAGGCAAGGCAGGCAGGGGAGCUGCUCUCCUCCAGCCGUCCGUCGGCAGCGGGGGAAGCGGCAUGCCGCGGGCAGGGGGCAGCCGGCUUUUCUCAGGAGCGCGAUGGAGAUCUGCUAUCUGACCAUGCCGGGGUGAGAGGAGGGGAGGAAAAAGAAGCAGCCAGCCAACCCCACCAGCAGCCGCCACCACCACCACCACCAGCACCAGCACCACCACCUCCUCCUCCUCCCCUCCUCCUCCUCUCCCUGCAUUGUUGCUCUCAUCUGCUCCACCGUACUCUGUACUGGAUGGAUCUGAGGUGAGACCCAGCCGGAUCCACCUGCAAAACCCAACAACAUUUCAAUAGGGAGAGGACGAAGAAGAAGAAGAAGACGAAAGAAGAGGAAGAAAGAGAGUGAGAGCGGGAGAGAGAGAGAGAGAGAGAGAGGAAGGAAGGCAAGAACCCCCCCCCCCCCAAUCUUUUAAGUCAAUGCAUAUUGUGGUGACACUGGCAACGGAGCCCUCACGGUGGAGUCGGCCAGGGCUGUGCGUUCCCAAAAUAUGACCAGGGGUGCUUGGAUGUGCAGUCGGCAGUACGAUGACGGCCUAAAAAUCUGCUUUGCAUCCCGGGAGAACGAGAAACCCUUCACUGAUUCAGAGAGGGCUCAGAAAUGGCGACUGUCCCUGGCAUCGCUCUUGUUUUUCACAGUCCUGCUCUCUGAUCACUUGUGGUUCUGUGCCGAAGCCAAACUCACCAGGACCAGAGACAAGGAGCAGCAGCAGCGGCGGCGGCGGCAGCAGCCCGAGCAUCCGGAGCGGGAGCUACUCUCCAGCAUGGGGGAGCCCUCGCCUGCCGCACAGGCGGCCCACAGACUCCUCUCCUCCUCAUUACCCACCCUGCCUCCUUCCCCCAGCAGCAGCAGCAGCGGCGGCGGCGGCGGCAGCAAAAACAACAACAACAACAACCACCACCACCACCAGGCUGUUUUUCUAGGGAACUCUACCAAACCUUUUUGGCGCCUGGAGACGUGUUACCCGCAGAGCUCCGCGUCUGGCCAGUGUUUCAGCCUGGAGAAUGCAGACUCUGUGUGCCGGAGGAGCCGGAGCCGGGAGCAGCAGGUGACCGGGAAUCAUCCGACUCCGGGCUGGAACUUGACGGAUUUUUACCUUUCCUUUUGUAAUUCCUACACCCUUUGGGAGUUGUUCGCCGGGUUGUCCAAUCCGGACACUUUGAACUGCAGUCUGGAUGUGGUGCUGGAGGGGGAAGGCUCCUGCCGCCAGUGCGUCCAGGCUUACCAGCGCUACGACCAGCACGCUCAGGAGAAAUACGAAGAGUUUGAGGUUAUGCUCCAGAAGUAUUUACAAUCGGAUGAAUACUCGGUGAAAUCGUGUCCUGAGGAUUGUAAGACUGUCUACAAAGCCUGGCUCUGUUCCCAGUAUUUUGAAGUCACACAGUUUCACUGCAGCAACAGAAUUCCUUGCAAGCAAUACUGUUUGGAGGUUCAGACAAGGUGUCCAUUUAUAUUACCAGACAAUGAUGAUGUCAUCUAUGGAGGACUAUCAAGUUUCAUCUGUACAGGGCUCUAUGAAAAUUAUCCAACCAAUGCAGAACCAGAAUGCUGUGAUGUCAGAUGGGGACUAUUACCAGAUAAUCAAUCCAAAGGGACUAUAAAAACAAGUGACUCAUCGAUGUGUCACAGGACAUCGCUCACGGUUUCAUCAGCAUCAAGACUGUGUAACAGCAGACUUAAACUGUGUGUUCUUGUAUUAAUUCUCUUGCAUACAGUACUUACAGUCUCAGCAGCACAGAACUCAACAGGAUUGGGCUUUGGAGGCAUAACAACUUUGGAAGAUAAUUCAACUAAUGAGGAAUAAAAGAAAGGAUACAUGUCAAAUGAUAGGCACACAACAGGCCCAUGUGUACUAUAGUCAAAUAUAACAGAGACUGGGUGCUUUUACCCUCAAUUCACUUCUUGAAAGGCCUUCUGGGUAAAAUUAAAAGGAUGGGCAACAAUCCAAACAAGGACACAUGAACACAAGCUUUUUAUUGACUAAAAGGCUAUAUGGUGACUUAAAUUUCUCACACCAUUUUAUACACUGUGUUUUAAUGUUUGGAGUUUCUUUUUUUGUUUGUUUUUUGCACUUGUUAAUACAGGAUUUUAUUUUUGGGAUGGUUUCUCAAAGCUAAACUAAGUCUUUUCACUGUCGAUAUAUUUCUAUUCAUUGUGUAUGUUCAUCUGAUAGCUCUGUCUUUUAUGUCCUGUCAGUUUCUAUUAGAGGAAUGACUGCUGUGAUUCCAUGGCAUAACAAAAAACAACAAAAAAACAAAUUUAAAAAAACAACAACAAAAACCACACACAAAAAUUACAAA